UGAUAUUAGAAAACACACCGUCGGUGGCCAAUCGCUAUCCUAUAACCACCGCACGCUAAAUUUAGCGUGGAGAAGACGGCAACAUCAUUGCAUAAUUAUUUUAAGUUUUGUUUAUCUGUGUGUUUGGGCGGGUGGGAGGAAAGAAAAGAAGAAAAGAAAAAAAAAGAGUUAAUUCUCUUUGUUUAUAGAAGAGAAAAUGGUUAACCCUAAUUUGAAUCGUAGUAUGUGAAAUCGUUGAAACAAACAUUUCAUGGCCGUUGCGAAGGGAGAAGAGGUGCCAAAGCCAGCGUCAGAAGCUGCAUCUCUGGCCAGUGUCAAUACGGCGGAGAGUGACCCGAUCGUGGUGAUCGAUAAACAGUUCCUUGCCCCAAACCCCGUGGAACUGAAAAUACAACAUACGAUAUUUACAGUUGCUGAAAAUUACUUUGAUAUUACCGACGACAAUGGCAACCCUGUUUUCAAGGUCAGGGAUAAGUUGUUCAGCUUCCCUAAUCGUCGCGUUAUGUUUGACGCCGAUGGACGUCCUCUCGUUUCUCUGAGACAGAAGAUAUUUAGUGUUCGUAGGAGAUGGAAAGUAUUCAGAGGGGAAAGCGAGAAAUCGAGUGAUUUUCUGUUCAGUGUGAGGAAAUCGUCAUUGAUUCUGUUGAGGAUGAAAACGAGGAUGGCGAUGUCGUUAGAUGUGUUCUUGGCAUCCAAUACCAGUGAAAUACUUCCUGAUUUCAGAAUCAAAGAGAACUGGCAUGACAGCAGCUGCACUGUUCUCUGUGGAGACACCAUCAUUGCUCGGAUGCACAGAAAUCACAACAUAAGAAGUCUGGUAAUCAACGCUGACAAUUACGGAAUAACUGCAUACCCCAAUGUGGAUUACGCUUUCAUUGUUGCACUCGUCGUCAUUCUUGAUGAGAUGAAUCGAAGUAUCGAUUGCUGAGAUUUAACCUCAAA